AUGUUCUCAGAAGCUUUUGACGCAACGGCACUGCCCAAGUCCCACGGCAUGUCCAAAACCGCCAAGGUCGUCGCUGGAGCCACCGCCUGUACAUUAGCAGUUGGAGCUGGCUUCUACCUUUAUAACCGUCGACAACGGGUGCGCAAGAGCGAGGUGGAGAGGUUGGCUUCUCUGGAUCUCGAGAAGUUGAAGCUCAUCACUGAUGAUCUGCUUGUCGACAUGCACAGUGUUCUCAUGGAGAUGGCUCAGAUGACUCAACGGGUGAGAACCGCCUUGACCCAGAAAGGACUGUCGAAUCAAAUGACGGACGAUCAGCUCACCGAGAUGAUACUUCAGCAGGGUAUUCAGCAGAAGCUCGAGGACACCCAGAAGCAAGUUCUGAAGAAAUAUGGUGUUACAGCUGAGGAGGUUGAGGCAGCGCAGAAGCGGUACGAAAGUGAUGAGCAUAUCCAGCAAUUUGAGAAGGGCAUUGACGCUAUGUUCGCCUCGGCGACUAAGGGGAAGAUGCCCAUCAUUCCGGGAUUUGAGAUGCCCGAGGCACUCACAGUGGACAUGUGUUUGAAGAUCCUCGAGGCUGUGAAUACGGAGAAGUUGGCGAGGUUCCGCAAGACCCUCAAGGAGUUCUGGCAGAAGCAUCCUCAUCCUGUUGAUGUAGU